AGUAAAGUCGUGACGUCAACAGAUAGCGCUGUCGCUAUGAAGCUAUUAGUUUGUUUAAAAACGACAUUUUGUUUUCUGUUUUAAACUUCAUGAGUUGAGAAUGAGAGGCGUUCAUUCUUUGUUGUUCUUGUUAUUGUUUUGUGUAAAUUUGUGCGCGUCAGAACGAGUCGACGGGGGAAAUUCCCUGGACUUACACAAGAAAGAUGACAUCGUCGGGGGGGAUGUGAAGGUUGAUACUUCAGGGGAAAGCAAGCAGACCCUUAAAACUAAUGACAGAGAAGAUGAACUUAGUGCAAACGACCCACAAAAGGAAGGACAGCUUGUCAGCAACUCCAAUGAUACCACAGAAAACUACAGUAAUGAGACCCACCACUCUACAACUGCUGCCAAGCCAACUACUCCAGCACYAACACCAAAGCCCAUUCUUCCAGUACAGACGGGGGUGAAGGCCCAAGAGGAAGAGCAGUCCAGUGGGCUGACAAUUUUCUUCAGUCUGCUUGUUAUUGGUAUCUGCAUCAUAUUGGUGCACCUGCUUAUCAAGUUUAAGCUGCAUUUYCUUCCUGAGAGUGUGGCUGUCGUGUCCCUCGGGAUUCUCAUGGGAGGUUUCAUCAAGAUUAUUGAGUUCCAGGAACUGGCCAACUGGAAGGAGGAGGAAAUGUUCCGACCCAACAUGUUCUUCCUUUUGCUUCUGCCACCAAUCAUCUUUGAGUCGGGCUACUCUUUACACAAGGGUAACUUCUUCCAGAACAUUGGCUCCAUCACCCUCUUUGCUGUGAUUGGUACUGCUUUUUCUGCAUUCAUAGUUGGUGGAGGGAUUUAUUUUCUUGGUCAGGCUGAUGUGAUCUAUAAGAUGACCAUGACUGAUAGCUUUGCAUUUGGCUCUCUAAUCUCAGCUGUGGACCCUGUAGCUACUAUCGCCAUAUUUAAUGCCCUCAACGUGGAUCCAGUCCUCAACAUGCUGGUGUUUGGGGAGAGUAUCCUCAACGACGCUGUCUCCAUUGUGCUCACCAACACAGCAGAGGGUUUCUUCUCCCGCUCUGACAGCUCCAUGGUAACAGGCUGGGAGACCUUUGUGCAAGCACUGGGGUAUUUCCUUAAAAUGUUUUUUGGUUCUGCCGCUUUGGGAACCCUCACUGGACUCAUUUCAGCUCUUUUUCUGAAACACUUUGACUUGAGGAAGACGCCGUCACUGGAGUUUGGCAUGAUGAUCAUCUUUGCGUACCUGCCCUAUGGCUUGGCAGAAGGGAUCAAGCUGUCUGGAAUAAUGUCUAUCCUGUUUGCUGGCAUUGUGAUGUCUCACUACACACAUCACAACCUGUCCCCCAUCACCCAGAUCCUCAUGCAGCAAACGCUGCGUACCGUGGCCUUCAUGUGUGAGACGUGCGUGUUCGCGUUUCUCGGGCUCUCCAUCUUCAGCUUCCCACAUAAUUUUGAAAUCUCCUUCGUCAUCUGGUGUAUUGUCCUGGUUCUGCUCGGACGAGCUGUGAACAUCUUCCCCCUGUCAUUCCUGCUAAAUUUUUUCAGAGACCACAAGAUCACACCCAAAAUGAUGUUCAUCAUGUGGUUUAGUGGGUUGAGAGGUGCGAUUCCCUAUGCCUUGAGCCUCCAUUUGGGCCUGGAGCCAAUAGAGAAGCGUCAGCUUAUCGGCACCACCACCAUCAUCAUUGUGCUCUUCACCAUCCUCUUCCUCGGCGGCGGAACAAUGCCGCUCAUCCGCAUCAUGGACAUAGAAGAAAACCAGUCAAGGCGUAAGAACAAGAAGGACGUUAAUCUCAGCAAGACCCAGAAAAUGGGUAAUGCCAUCGAGUCAGAGCACCUUUCAGAGCUGACAGAGGAGGAGUAUGAAGCUCACAUCUACCAGAGACAAGAUCUGAAGGGCUUCAUGUGGCUCGAUGCAAAGUAUCUGAACCCCUUCUUCACUCGCAGACUUACUCAAGAGGACCUGUUACACGGCCGGAUCCAAAUGAAGACGCUGACCAACAAGUGGUACGAGGAGGUCCGGCAGGGCCCCUCAGGCUCUGAAGAUGACGAAGAUGAAGCAGAACUUCUGUAAACACUCUGAGUCCUGGGAUGUAAGUGUGUGUGAAGACGAGUUUUUGCUUUUGUUUCUUCACUUGCUUUAAGUUGAUGUUACAGAGGCGUCUGAGUGCCUGCAGCAAAUUCCUGCACAAUGUUGAAGUUGUGAAGUUUUUUGUUUUUUUUCCCUGGGAAAAUGAGGUUUAGAAAUUAUUACACUGGAUUAAGAAAGAACAUUUUUUAUGUUUAUUAUGAAUGUUUUAUUUUUACCUGCGGAAGAACUGACUGGAAAUCUGUUUGUGAACAACCUGUUCCCUGUUUUCUUUUUUAUAUUAAUAAAGUUUUUGUUUUAUAGGGAAAUCAUUGGAGAAACUGUGAUAAAAGUUAUUUUUAAGGACCUUUUCACUUCUUUUUUUCUGUCCCUUUUUAAUAGUAUGCUUGAAGUUUUACUUGGUGUCAAAAAAGGGUUCAAUAAGAGGCUCCUUCAGGCACCGCUUUAAAUUAGAAAAUUGGUUUUCAUAUUUUUCUAUUUUUUCUGUGCUUCCAUAUUUGUAUUCUCUAAUUAUUUGGAGUUAUUUUAAAAGAAACAAUAAUUCCCCCAUAUGCAGUGAUGAUGAAAUCCAAAUGAUGAAGGAGCUGCCCUUCAGCAGCGAGACGACCAAGAUAAAUGCAGGAGAGUUCAAACUACUGAAACACGUCAGGGAGAACGAAUAUAUUUAAUUACAAAGCUGAAUUACAGAAGCUUGAUUAUACUCAUGGAGAAAAUUGGAAAUUACUUUCACUUCCAAGUCUGGCAUCUGUGUUUAUUUUCAUUUUCUGCAAGGGUUCUUCCCUGUGUCUGAAGUGGGCUCUGAAAUAUUUGUGAUUUUCCUAAUUUUAUUUUAUUUUUUACCGCAAUGAAUGUUAACAAUGUUCUGUACAUGUUUAUUUYUAUUUAUUAAAAAAAACAUUUAUGCACUUUUAUGUGGGGUUUUGUACAGGUUCUGUGAGAAACACAGAAUAACUAAAAUAUAUAAAAUAAAUUCAUCUAAAUAUAUA